ACCACCUAUUUGAAAUAACAACAACUUUAUAUAUAACCGACUCUUCUUCAUAUAAAGCUCAAUUUUUUCUUCUCUUUCUCAUCUCUCUUUGUAUAGACAAAUGAAAUGAUUUCAAGAGAAAAAUACUUAGAAAAAAUUUCCACCAUUAAUGGGGUUUUCUUUAGCUAUUGAAGAAGCACAACAAAAAGAACAAGACCAAAGGUUUUUAGGUUCCAAUAACAAUUCUAUGAUCAUGGCUUCUUCUAGUAUUAUCAAAAGCACAACAAAUUCAACAACAACUCAACUUGAAUCAUUUCAACAACAACAAAGCCAUCAACAUCUUCAUCAGCAACAACAACAACAACAACAACAUCAAAAUCAACAUCAACAUCAUCAUAUGCAUGACAAUCAAAUUUCUUUUGGAAUGAUGCCUUCUUCAUCUUCAUCCUCUAUCCCUGGCAACUACUUAAGCAAAGAUUCAAGUGCUUAUGAUUUAGGUGAAUUGGAUCAAGCAUUUUUUUUGUAUCUUGAUGGACAAGCACAAGCUGAUCCUUCUAGUGUUCAAGAUCAAAGACAGAAUUCAUCAUCAUCUUCAGGAAUGAGACCACCACCAACUCUUAACAUUUUUCCAUCUCAACCAAUGCAUGUAGCACCACCACCACCAUCCAAUUCAAAGGGUAGCAUGGGAUUAACCUCUCCACAAUCUUGUGGUUCAAAGAAAGCAUCUCAACCGUCCAUGGAGUUGGCAAACCAACGAAAUGAAACCCUCUCUGCACCUGCACCACCAAAACUAGUCAAGAGAGAGAACAGUCGAAAGGGUACAACUUCAAGUUCUGAACAUGAAGGACCAAAAACACCAGAUCCUAAGACUCUGAGAAGACUUGCUCAGAAUAGAGAGGCAGCAAGGAAAAGCAGGCUUAGGAAAAAGGCUUAUGUUCAGCAACUAGAAACAAGUAGGAUUAAGCUUAAUCAGCUUGAACAAGAGUUGCAGCGUGCUAGAACUCAAGGCGUGUUAAUGGGUGGAGGUGCACUUAUGGGAGGAGACCAAGGAGGCAUUCCAAUUUCUAUGAAUAGCAUUAGCUCAGAGGCUGCAAUGUUUGAUGUGGAAUAUGGGAGGUGGUUAGAGGAACACCACAGGCUAGUGUGUGAGCUAAGAGCAGCAGUUGAUGAACAUUUACAUGAAAAUGAGCUUAGGUUAUAUGUGGAAAAUUGCUUGGCUCACUAUGAUCAAGUAAUUAACCUAAAAGCCAUUCUAGCUAGAACAGAUGUGUUCCAUCUUGUUUAUGGUAUGUGGAAGACCCCGGCUGAACGUUGCUUCAUGUGGAUCGGCGGAUUCAGGCCAUCUGAACUCAUUAAGAUAAUUAUAAGUCAAAUUGAGCCACUUACUGAGCAACAAAUACUUGGAAUAUGUGGGUUGCAACAAUCAACACAAGAGGCAGAAGAAGCACUUUCACAAGGGCUAGAUGCACUCAACCAAUCUCUUUCAGAAACUAUAACAUCAGAUUCUUUAAGCUGUCCUCCUAAUAUGGCUAACUACAUGGGACAAAUGGCUCUUGCCAUGAACAAGCUCUCCACUCUUGAAAGUUUUGUCAGACAGGCAGAUAAUCUGAGGCAUCAAACAAUUCAUCGUCUGCAUCAGCUGUUAACAACUCGUCAAGCUGCAAGGUGUUUGGUUGCAAUGUCCGAGUAUUUCCAUCGUCUUCGAGCAUUGAGUUCUCUCUGGUUGACCCGUCCUCGCCAAGAAUAGCGUGUGAGUGAGCGUGUGUGGUAGAAUUAGUAAUGGAUCAGGAUUCCCUGCGGUUGGAAUUAACUUUUGGAAUUAACUUUAUGAAAUGUAGAGAAUUUAAAUACAGGAAAUUAUAUUCCAAUUAGUGUCACAUUUAAUAGCUAUGGCUAACUAGCUAGAUUUAUAUAUUAUAUUAUAUGGUCUUGUAGUUUUUUUUUUUUUUUUUAUAUAUUUUCUCUUUAUCUAUGAUAUAUUAGGAGCUUCUCUUCAUCUACUUGAUUAUGACAACCUGCCCAUGGAUAAACAAAUAUUAUGAUAGAUAAGUGAAAAUUAUAGAAGUAAAUGUUGACAAAAUUAUAUUGGAA